CUUCUGUGUUUUUCUCUUCCACCAAAAUUUUCUGCUGCCGGGCCUCCGUGCAUUGCGGCUUCUGGUUCUCUUAUCUUAGAGUUUUUUCGAGCACCAAGCAGUAUGGCGAAGCUGCCUCUCGUGCCACGUCGUGCCGGACAAGCUAUGAUACGCGGAUUCCCCUGGUAUCUGUCUGAAUUGACGCAGUAUAUGCAUGAUCAAUAUGUUCAUGGGAGAGAAGACUUGAGAUAUCAGAAGUAUCUCUACAUACACCCAACAUUUGAAGGGGGAAAAAGAGACUUUCGCGAUACAUGGAACCGUUGGGAUGGGGCUAGGGUCGAUGCUGCGGAGCAGUCUGUUCGUUUUAGAUCAUGCAUACGUAAGGCUGCUAGAACAGAACAAAACAUGAAUAGAAGCACUUGAGCGUUUUCGAAAUGCCGAGCCUCACCAAAGAGACUUGGAGAAGCUCCAGAUGAGGCAUGCUGAGCUUCGCCACAUGAUCGUCCUUGCAACUCUGCAAUAUAGUCAGAUUGUCCAGGAGAUUCGGUUCAUUUUACGUAUGUUCAACGACUAUAGCCAGAGGAGCUGUAAUUAUAGGCUCAUAUCUGCGAAGUACAUCAUUCCAAUGGCGACGGUAAAUGAGAGAUUGGGGAUUGCCAUCGGCAAUUUCGAACAUACCCUACGCACAAGGAAUUAUCUGGCGCAAGGUGCUUUUCAGUUGAGACUAUACCGUUCUCAAAAGGUACUGAAGGAUCUUCGUGACACAAUACGAGAGCAAAUCUUUGCUAGGACAUCUCCCGCCGUACAAGAAUCGCUAGGGAGUCCCGGUGCAUCACAUAGGAUGCGCAAGCAACUCGCCAAUAUCCGGCACCACUCUGUCAUGGUCGAAAUGCAUGUGAUCACAGCUUUUUCCUCGAAGCUGAUGCAGAGCGACAUCCAGCAAUACAAUGCCGAUCCGAAGCGAUGGUAUAAUGACAGCAUAAAAUUAGUCUGUAUCUGGCUACACAAGAGAAUGGGCGGAAUUCUUGAUGAUAUUCAUGUCCUAAUGUAUCCGUUUACCUCGUUCCUACCUAAGAACGCUUUGAAGAGAGAUGUAAACUAUCGCAAGAAGAUCAGGAAACGGAGGAAGGAAUACAGUGCUAAAAGUUUUGAGAUUUUGGCUGCAUGUCGAUAUCCGAAGCCCACAUCAUCAGAUCCCUACCCGGAUGAAGUACCGAUAAAUUUAGCGGCGUCUAUCACAACUAUACGAGGUUUCCGAAUGGAGAAGUUCCCCGAAUCAGUAUCCAAAGUGGAGAUCGAACGUGCACGCCGCUUGUACAUGAAUACCAUGGGGGCUGUAAUCCCUGUCCUAAGGAAGCCAACCACGAAAAAAGUAAGAAAAAGCUUGAAGUUCCUUGGUUUCAGCGAUGAGGAUAUCAAAGAUAUGGACAAAGUGUUGCGGAAGGCUGCUGUUCAUGCUGGUGUGCACCAGUAUAAAAAGUGGGACAAGAAGACCGUCGGCUACAGAUCAAACCAACGAGCACGAAAAUCCGAGAAAUUGAUUGGAUACGGUAAUAAAGUGGUUCAGAGAGAAUGA